CUGGCAGGAAGAAGGGGAGCGAGGAGCAGCUGAGACACUGCGGGCGGGACGGGGUGAGCUGUGCCCACAGAUUGCUGCCCCUUCCCGGAGACCAUCAGCCCCACCUGAGCGCAGCCCAGCUUGGGGGGAGACUGAGCGCCAUGGCUCUCGAUGGGUUCAGAGCCGCUGUCUAUCAAGGGAGCCUGACAGAUGCGAUUUCUAAUGUGCAGCAGAGAACACCGGAGUCGUUUAACAGCCACACCCUCAGCAUCGCCGUCACGGGGGAGUCGGGCUCUGGGAAGUCCUCCCUCAUCAACGCUAUGCGGGGGCUACGUGCUGGUGAUGAAGGCGCUGCUGAAACCGGGAUGGUCGAUACCAUGACGAUGCCGGUGGCUUAUCAAGAUCCCGUCCUUCAAGGCGUCACCCUCUGGGACCUGCCAGGGGUGGGGACGCCCUAUUUCCCUCUAAACACCUACUGUGAGGAGCUCAAUUUGAGCCAAUACGACUUCUUCAUCAUCGUCGGCUCCCAGCGCUUCCGCUCCGACCACGCCAGGCUGGUCCGUGAGAUCCAGAGAAUGGGCAAGAGGUUCUACUUUGUGCGCUCCAAAGCCGACAUGGACCUGGACGCUUCCAGGAGGCAGCGUCCCUCCAGCUACAACGAGGAGAGGAUCCUGCAGCAGAUCAGGGAGGACUGCAGGAGAGGCGUAGAAGCUGAAGGAGUGGGCCACCCACAGGUUUUUGUCGUAUCCAGCUGGGAACCCAACCGCUAUGAUUUCCCACUCCUGCGGCAAACUUUGCAGACGGCGCUGCCGUGCCUGAAGAGACACGCCUUCCUGCUUAGCCUGCCUGCUGUCGCCUCGCCCAUCAUCAACCAGAAAAAAGCUGCCCUGAAGGCGGAGAUUUGGAAAAUAGCCCUUUUCUUAUGUCUUCUCGCUGCCAUUCCUGUCCCAGGCCUCGCUUUCUUGGGCACCUUCUUCGUCUUCAGGAAACACCUGUCCCGAUACUAUAUCAUCUUCGGCGUGGAUGACAGGUCCCUCUCUGCUCUCGCCCGGCAGAUUGGGAAGCCUGUGCUGGAGCUGACGGCCGUGAUGACGUCCUUGGGAAUAACCGCCAUGACGGCUCUGAAGCUGUUGUUGGAUUCGGUGGGGACCGCCGUGAUGGUAGCGGAAUAUUCGUCGGAGCGCCGUCCCGUAUCAGGUGCCAUGGUGUCAGGAGGGGUAGCACUGGUUACCACAUCCUUCAUGCUGCGGAAGCAUUUGGCCUCUGUAGCUGACGACACCUGGAGGGUUCUGAGCAAAGCACUGGAGGCAGAAAGGGAAAACACCAUCUAGGAUUUGGUGUUGCAUUGGAUGAGCCUGCUGCUGUCUAGAAGACACAAUCUUUGAUUUCAGGCAGGAAAGAUUCAUGCUUCUCCCUCCAGGAGUUGCAUGUUCAGCCCCCAUAAACCAUCUGGGGCGCCGUUGCACACCAAUCAAAGCCCCCAUCAUGAAGGAGACAGACUCGGUGACAGCUCAACGCUCCUGAAGUUUUACCGCACAAGGAAUGAGGCAGCUUCCUUCUUGACAUGCAUACAACAAAAAUAAAAUUAUACUGAAUCCGGUUCUAUCAACCUAGGUCCCGCUGGGCUCCUCCAUCCCUUCGGUAUCUGAGCACCUUACAACCAUGAAUGGACCGGAUCCCCACACUGGGUCAAAUCAGCCAUCACUCCAUUGGAGUCAAUGGGGCCAGAUCCCAGCUGGGGUCAAUCGGCCGUCGCUCCAUUGCAGGUUAGAAGCUAAAGGCCUUGUCCUCAUGGGAAAGUUUUUCGGUAUAACCUAAGGUGUGAAUUGAAACCGAUAGAAUGAUCCUGGUGUAACCUCGUGUGUGGACGCUCUCACUCCGGCAGAACAGUGGCUUUCUUUCAGUUUCAUUGAUGUCACGUGUGGGGGGAGUUAAGCUGAGCCGGAGAAUGUCACUGUUCUACCGGCACAAGAGCGUCCCUGGGGCAGGGGGUUAGAGCAGUGGACCCAGUACACCUGUCCUUUGAAGACAAGGCCUAAAAGCCUCAUUAAAAUCCUGCCCUGUAAAUCUGGCCAGUGGCAUUUAGCUGCAAUGCUGGGGCAGUGGUGUGCUGUGUGGGGUGUUUCAUGCUGACCAGUAUCGUCUGUUUGUUUCCUUGCACUUUUUCUUGGCCUGUUUCUUGAAUUGACCUAUUGCCAAUAGUCUUACACUUAGAUUGAAAGUGUUUCUGGGAGGGCCUGUCUUUGUGUUAUAUCUUCGUACAGCGCCUGGCACAAUGGGGCCCUGGUUUCUAUUUGCUACUGUAAUACAAACAACUCACAAUGAUUGGCCGGGUACCGUGUGCCAUCGCUGUAUCGAGAGGCUGACAGUCAGUAUCGAUUCUAAUCACAGCGUCUUGCCAUCAUGCGACGCUUUAUUGACUCAUUCACUCCCUGCGGCAGAUUAUGUUUAACGUAAUAACGCCGUUACAUUCCACCCCCGCCAGCCAGCGCGUAUCCGCAUUUACCUUCAUUCCCUAAUCUCGGUAUUUCUUGCCUUUGGGUUGACAGUCACCGCGCUGGUUUAAUAAAGGUACAUUAAACACA